GGCGAGCUUUGCCUUGGCCAUCUUAUCUGUUUCCUUCAGCUGUACGUAUCACGUCGUCCACAGUUCUACACAUGGGUGCUACUGAUUCCCACAUUCGUCGUCAUCACUACGGUGUCCAUAUUUGGUCUGUUCAUACCAACAAAUUCUUUAGGAGAUCGGGAGGAAAAAGUGAACCUUGGUCUGACUACGCUUCUUUCAUCCGCGGUCAUUUUGGAGAUUGUUGCUAACUCGAUGCCGAAAGCGUCAGCCCUUCCACUUCUCGGAAACUUCAUUUUGGCAGAAAUUUUCGUCGUAGCUGUUGGAGUGCUUUUCUCCGUACUGACACUAACACUCCAUCAUAGAGCCAACACUCGUCGCUGGAGACCUAAACCUUGGAUGCUAAGGAUCCUUGGGAUGACCGUAAGUUUAUUGAUUAUCGAAGAAGGGAGGGGGGCGGUGAAAAAGGGAUCAAAUAAAUUCAUUUCGAAGAAACGCGACAGAAUGAAAAGGACAAAGGCGGGAGGAUCAAGCAAUGAAGCGGAAAACUACCUUCGUAGCGAAGACUUGGUACUCUUCUGCGGUAAGAAUGAUCGCUUUCAGUGCCCCAUGGUUGACUGA